GGCACAACAAACAUUAACUUUGAAUUUUGUAAUUUAAAAAUAACGAAGGAAUUACAGAGCCAAAUCCGGGUUUCUCGGAUUUUGGUCUAAGAUUGUGAUGUGUUAUUUCAUUGGUGAGAAUCUCAUAACAAAUAAUUAAUCAAUCAAUUUAAUUAAUCCCUAGUGUUUUGGGAUUCACAAGGUUGUUUCCCCAGGAAUUCAUAGAGAGGAAGGCAUAUCCAUCAAUCUCUGUGAAAAAAUGGGGAUGAAGAGCAACUCCAAUUCAACCUCAAAAUCUGAUAACAAUGCCAAUGACAACAAAAACACCACACGUGUGGUGUUAAAUGUCUACGAUCUCACCCCUCUCAACAAUUACCUUUAUUGGUUUGGAUUUGGAAUUUUUCACUCUGGCAUUGAAGUACAUGGAAAGGAGUAUGGAUUUGGUGCCCAUGACUUCCCAGCAAGUGGAGUGUUUGAAGUGGAGCCAAGGAAGUGCCCUGGAUUUGUAUACAGAUGUUCUGUUACUUUGGGAAAAAUAAAUAUGAAUCCUUCAGAGUUUCGGACCUUGAUUGAGAACAUGGCUAAUGAGUAUCAUGGAGACACCUAUCACCUUAUAUCUAAGAACUGCAAUCAUUUUACGGAUGAUAUUUCGCAUAGAUUGAGUGGAAAACGGAUCCCAGGUUGGGUGAAUCGCCUUGCCAGGCUAGGUUCACUGUGCAGCUGUCUACUUCCUGAAUGUGUUCAAGUAACUACCGUUAAACAGCUACCUGAAUACCAUGAUUGUUCAGAAGAUGAAAUUACUGAGUCUCUUUCAACUGCCUCUCCUAGUGGAUCAGCAUCAGGACUAGAUCAUGAUGAGCAAGAAAAACGCCUUCUGUCACCUAUGGCUGGUAGAACAGAUAACUUCUCUUUUGUUAAAGAGGCCCCAAAACAUGAAUGUGUUGGAGGGGAGAAAACACUUGGAUAGUUCAUCUAUUUUGCAGGCUCCUUGAUGCUCAAAAUUUCUCAUUUUUCAAUGGCUUUCUGCAUUCAUUGGUUCAUUUAGUGCCUUAAGGUUUGUGUCAGGUUCAUCCUAGAUAUAAGUAUCAAUGGUUGUGUAUGGGGGAUUAGUUUUUCACGUGUCAGGGUUUUUAUUUCUGGAGGGAUUGUUGGGGCUCUUAACCAUGUAAAUUACUUCCACAUUUGGAAACUUUUUUGAGUAAUGAAAGAUACUUUAAGAGUGUAUAAACCUGAUCUUUUGGGGGGAUUCAAGCUAAAAGCCAUUUGUGAAAUUAAGUCAGGUAACUAAU